AUGACAAGACAAGGCUCAGAACGUCCUGAUAAAGGAAAGGGGGUAGCAAGGCCGAAAAAGAGGCAACGGCAGGCACCAAAGUAUGUACUUAGGGUGCCUGCUACACUACCUACCACUGCUGCCCCUAGUCCAUCAUCUAUGGGACCUCCUCCUACCCCUGCAGUAGAGCCUACUCCUACCUCUACAAUAACCCCCACUCCUACCCCUAUGCUUAUUACCCUCACUCCUCCCCCUGACCCUACUUCUAUACAUUCCUCAUCUUGUAUACCGCCUUCUAAGACUGUCACACCAUCUGCUGAUCCAGAUUCAGCUGGUGAUGGUGAAGGUGUUGACCCGCCCCUCCAUGAUCGGCCAUGGAUUGAGCUGUAUGGUAAAGGGUACGAUUUUAAUCCCUUUUUUAACCAUUUUGAUGUUUAA